AUGCAAGAUGAUACAGAAAAGCGUCAUUAUGGUAUAUUUAUGUUUGUUGUAAAGAAGGAUUUCCUAUUCAUUUUGAUGGCAUGUUUUUUUAUGUGUGUUUCGUCUGUGGGAAUUCCAUUGCAGACUAUAAUUUAUGGCAGGGUGUUUAGUAAACUCAGCGAUUUCUAUAAAACCAAUUAUUCAGGACUUGAAGGUUUUAUGUCAGAUGUGAGGUUGUUGUGUGGAUUAAUCAUGCUAAUAGGAUUCGUUAAAAUGAUUGUUACCUGGAUAGGGAUCAUUGCUUGGAUGAAAUUUGGAGAGAAACAGUCCACUAGAGCAAGAAUUAGAACAUUGAAUCUGAUGUUAAAUAAGGAAGUUGCAUGGUUUGAAAACAAUGAAAAUUUAAUGGGAGAAAUUUCCCAAACUAAUAGGUGCAUUGAAGAAUUACGAUGUGGUACUUCUGAGGUAGUAGGCUUAUUGGUACAAACUGUAGCUUCAAUAACAGCUCUUUUUAUUACGGCAAUGGUACUGUCUUGGUCCUUAACAUUAGUAAUUAUUGCUAGCGCUCCUCUUAUGGGGCUAUUUGGCUGGCUAUUUGGUAGAUUAACUUAUAAGGCUGCAGAGUUGGAGAAUGAUUUAACAGCACAGGCUUCCAAAAUAUUGGAUUGGUCAUUUGUUUGCAGUGCUGAAAUUAGAAUAUUUAAUGGAAAAUACUAUGAAAUGGUCAAGUUCAAUAGACUCGUGGAUUUAUCAGCAAAAGCAUACUACAAGCUAGCUAAUGCCAUAGCUUGUAAUACGGGUAUGUUAAAAUGCUUAACCUUGUUGAUGUUUGUACAAGGUUUUUGGUUUGGAAACUACAUGAUCAGCAUCGGUAAAUUAAAAAUAAACGAAGUAUUUACUUGUUUUAGUUCAUGUCUUAUGUUAGGUUCAGAAAUUUCGGAAAUUUCUAUGUUAUUGGCGACUUUGAAUAAAGCACAAGCUGCCUCAUUGAAAAUCGGCAAGAUGAUUGAGAGUAAUGAAAACCCAAAUGAUUCAGGCAUUUAUCCAAAACUGUGCGAGGGCGAUAUAGAAUUGGAGAAUAUUGAAUUCGAAUACCUGUCAAGACCCGAAAGGGUUUUGAAAGAUGUUAGCUUUUCAUUUAGAUCAAAAGAAUUGAAUUUUAUCAUAGGGCCAUCUGGGUCUGGAAAAUCUACGAUUUCUCAAUUACUAUUAAACUUUUACCAACCCCAGAGUGGCAUAAUUAGAAUUGAUGGACUCAACAUUUCCAACUUGAGCAAAAAAUGGCUUACUGAUAACAUUACUUUAGUACAACAAGAUCCAAUCAUUUUUAAUGAAUCAAUACGAAAUAACAUUGGAAUGGCUGCACUUAAUAGGUUUGUCUCUCUUAGUGAUAUUCCUGAUUUGUUAAUCGAAGAUGCUGCUACAUUUGCUUUAUUAACAAGCGUAAUAGACGACUCUCGUGAUGGAAUCAAUACAAGUGUCUCGUUGACCAGUCUAUCUGGAGGGCAAUUGCAACGGAUUGCAAUUGCAAGAGCUAAAAUAAGCGACACUCCAAUUUUAAUUUUGGAUGAAGCUUUAAAUGCAUUGGAUAUUAAAAACAAGCAAUUAUUAUUUCAGAACAUCAAAGAAUGGAGAAAAGGGAAGACCACUAUAAUAAUAACUCAUGAAUUUGAUCAGAUUAGUGAUGACGAUUAUGUAAUUCUAAUGGAGAAUGGCAAUGUUAAGAACAAAGGGUAUAUGUUUGAGUUAUCUCACGAGGAUCUAAUACUUCAGGACAGAUCUGGAUUAAGCAACAAGUCUUAUGUUGAUAGUCGAUGUCGUUCGAAAUUUUAUAAAGAGAAAGCGACCAGUAACAAUUCGUUGAUUUACCAUUAUCUAAAGAACCCAGCUGUAUUGAAGGAUCUUGAGAAACACCCCCAAAUAAGACACCCCUUAGGUGAGAGACCUAUGGAACUAUUGUCAGUCGUAUCUAUAUUAAACUAUUGUAAGAAGACAAUUGAUAAUAAGGUGUUGAUCAUAAUUGGAAUAAUCUUAUCCGUAAUAGGAGGUGCAGCAAGUCCUGUAUUUUCAUACUGCUUUUCCAAAAUUUUGGUCACUAUGGUCAAUGCUUCUAUUGGGAUGAAUAUAAACAGGGAAUUGAUAACAUGGUCUUGUAUAGUCGCAGGGAUUUCCGUAGGGAGUGGUGUAAUUCAUUAUUUGUCACUGUUUACAAUGUCUUUCGCUAGUGAGAAGUGGAUUGUCAACCUAAGGAAGUUAGUUUUUAAGAAAUUGAAUGAACAAGAGUUGUCGUAUUUUGAUUCAAAAACUACGAAACCAUCAGAAUUAACUGCUUUGCUAAUGAAUGACGCUAGAGAUUUAAGGAGCUUAGUGUCUGAAUUUGUAAUAAUCGCUUCUAAUUUAAUAGCAAUGUUAUCAAUAGGAAUCAUAUGGUCCAUUGCCACAGGAUGGAAACUAGCUUUGGUUGGUGUUGCAUUUGUUCCAUUAAUUCUAAUGAUCACGCAUGCAUACUCGUUUGUAUUAGAAUUGUCUGAGAAUAACUACAAAACAAAAGUAGCCAUUUUAGAAAAUUAUAACCAUGAAAUUGUGAGUGGAAUAAAGCUAAUAAAAACUCUAAAUUUAAAAAACUUUUUUAUAAAUGAGUUUGUACUUAAGUUGAACGAAGUCAAUAACGUAGGAUCUGUAAGAGCUGUGUGUACGGGUUUUGGGAUUUCAUUAUCCGAUUUAUGUACUUCGUUGGCUACUGGUACUAUAUUAUAUUAUGGUAUGGAAUUAGCCGGAAAAAGGGAAUACUCACAAUCACAAUUAAUACAAGUAAUAACGGUUCUUUCAUUUUCAAUGACCAAUGCAGCGAGCUUAUUAACAGAACUACCUGAUAUUGCAAGAGGACAGAGAGCAGGUACUUAUAUUAUCAACCUAUUAAAAUUAAAACCGUCUGAAAUUGAAAACGAUGGUAUCAUUAAGCCAUUCAAACUUUACGACGAUGAAGUGGUUAGCUUCCGAAAUGUUAAUUUCCAAUAUCCUAAUUCACGAAAUUCGGCACAAUUAGUUUUAAAUAGCCUUUCGUUUCAUGUUAAUAAAAAUGAAAUUGUUGCUAUUGUUGGAGAAUCAGGUUCAGGGAAGUCAACUAUUGGCGCAUUACUAUCUAGGCUUUACAGAGUUACUGACAGAUCCAUAUUUAUAGCAAACUGUGACAUUAAUAAACUUGACAUUGACUGGUUGAGAGAUACAAUAUCUGUUGUUACGCAGGUUCCAAAGUUUUUUGAAGGCACGAUUUAUGACAAUCUAGUUUAUGGAAUGGAGAAAAGCAAGAUAUCACCAGUUGGAAUUGAUCAUUGUUUAAAAUUGGCUAACAUUUAUUCGUUUAUAGUUUCGUUACCAGAAGGAAUACACACAAGGUUAGGUGAAGGUCAACAUUGUUCAAUAUCUGGUGGUCAAUUGCAAAGGUUAUCUAUUGCAAGAGCGUUGAUUAGAAAACCAAAGAUAUUGAUAAUGGAUGAAUGUACCUCUAGUUUAGACCCUACUAAUACUAAUUUGAUAAUUGAAUUAGUGAGAAAUAACUUGGUAAUGCAAAACAUAACUAUCAUCAUAAUAACUCAUAAUAUAGAAAUGAUGAAAAUAGCCAACAGAGUAAUUACCAUAAAUCAGGGUGAAGCUAGGGAAUGA